AUGGCUAAAAAUUUAAUUCAUAUUUUAUGUCCAAGUGGACAUCGACGAAAAGUACAAAUGAUGCCUAAUAGUAGUUUAAUGCAAGUACUCGAAGAUAUGUGUAAUCAAGAAAAUUUAGAUUUAUCAGAUUGGGGACUCAUGCAUCAACGUACUAAAUGUGAUUUAACAAUACCAUGGCGUUUACAAAGCAUUCCGACUAAUGCUGUUUUAGAAAUGUAUAAACUUGAAAAUCGUCGACAAACUGAUGAUAUCAAUGUUCAAUUACAAUUACCUGAUAAUUCAAGAUAUACAGGUUGGUUCGAGCCUACAGUUACUCUUCAAGAAAUGCUUGAUUGGUAUCGUAUACAACCAGAAAGUAUGGUGGCUGCGCUUGAUAUUUCAAUGAGUGAUGAUCGUAAUUCAUGUCCAGUCUGUUCAUAUAUGACAGAAGAGAUCAUCGGUGAAUAUGCUUUAUCGAAUACAACAUUACGUGAACUUGGACUUACAAGUGGUACAGCUGUUAUUCGUUACAAUUUACGAGCAGUUACUGAUGGUGAAUUAUUAAAAAUAAAUAGAAGUAUUGAUGAUAAAAUUGGUCGUCGACGUCAACAACAAUAUGAACAAGAACAAAAAUCAAAACAACGAGAACAAACAACGAAAUCUGAACCUGUUCGUUCUUCUUCUCCUUCAUCAUCGAAUUCAUCACGUUCUUUGGUUAAUUCAACAGCACCAACAUCAAAUGAUCAAGAAUAUUCAAUAUUUCGUGAUCCUCCUCCAGCUAUUGUUUCUCUUCCUACAACGACACGAUCACAACAACAUUCACGAACAUUAGCUGAAGCACUUGGACUUAAUCUCUCAUUAGAUCUUGAAUCUGAUGUAAAACAACAACAAAAAUCUCAAAAUGAUUUUCGUAAUUUUAAAUUUCCCGAAUCAACAAAAGGUAAAGAUCUUUAUCAUAAUGAAUUCGAUGAUGACUAUCGGCGUACACAAAAUGUUCAACCAUGUGAUAGACGUCCAAUAGCAUAUGAUCUAACAAAAAGUCGACCAAAACGUGAUAAUAAAUCAGAAGAAUUACCCGAUACUUUUUAUGACUUAACAGCUGAUGAUCUUCGAUCAGUACUUAAUGAUUUAAGACAACAAACUACAAAUGAUAAUCCAUUAGAAACUCGUAUUAUGCGUGAUCGAAUACAAUCAGCACGUAGUAUUGUUUAUGAACAAAUAGCUAUUCGACUUGUUGUCAAUAAUCGUUAUAUUCUUCAAGGAUUAUUUCGUCCUGAAGAACCAACUUCUCGUCUUAUUGAUUUUGCUCGAACAAAUCUUAUUUGUCGACAUAUUGGAGAAAAAGAUUUUUAUUUAUAUACGUCACCACCACGUGUUUUAUUAUCAGAUUUACGAAAACCAUUAUUAACCUAUGAUUUAUCACCUGCUGCUUUUGUUUAUCUUGGUCAUCGAACAAUUUCACCACUUAAUGUACAACUUGCAUCAAAUAUUCCAAUACGAACAAUUGAUGAAGCUAAUCAAUUAGCUGCACAAUAUGUUUUUAGUCGUUCAAGACCAAUGAAUGAACGUGAACGUGAACGUAAUACUACUUUAUAUAAUGAAAGGCCAACAUCUGCAAUGAGUCUUACAACUCGUUCGACACCACGUAAUACAUCAAAUAGUAAUAUUGAUGAUAAAGCACUUCGUGAUAAAUUACGUAAAUUUAUACCGGGUAAAAAAUAA